GCCCGGUUCGGGAUGUGGAGUCGCAGCCUGGAGGGGGCUCGGUCCUCGGAGCAGCGGGGCGCUGGUCCUCGCAGACCGCAGGCCUCGGGCGUGGAGUCACGGCAACCUGGAGCAAGCUCAGUCCUCGGUGCAGCCGGCCACUUGGUCUGGAGCGCCGGUCCUUGCAGACAGCUGAGCAGGCCCGCUUCUGGUCCUCGGGAUGUGGAGCCACAGCCUGGAGUGACCUCUGCGGUGCGCCGUCCAAGGCCGAGUGGAGCUCCCGUGCCAGAGCCCGGCCUUAUAUAGCCAGCCCCAGGCCCACCCAGGGCUGAAGCCCUGACCGCCCUUGGCCCCUGGGCUACCCCGCCCCGAUACGUAAUCAUUGCGUCAGCAAAAUGCGGCCAAUCAGGACGGUCCACGUCAGGUGGCCUGCUGUGCCCCAUAAUUUGUUUAGGUUAAUUUCAGCCUGGACACACCCCACUGAGUUCUACCGUUGGCCCUCCGUGUUCGCAGGUUCCACGUCUGUGGAUUCCAAAAGACACAUGACUGAAUCUUCUUGGGAGUAAAACGGAAAAUAACAACGCCGCAAGACAAAAUGGUAGAAAGAAGAACCCACAGAGGAUAACAACCCUUUACCUAGGAUUGACGUGGCGUGAGGGGACUUGCCAACAUUCGUAGAAAAGUGGGAUUAAGAGAGAAAAAUGAAAAAGGUGUAUUUUACUUCUCAACAUCGGCUCCAUCAAGUUCAAUGCGCUUUUGGAAGCAGUGUCUUUUCCCCGCCCUCUAGCCCAUCCCUCUAAAACCCCCAGGGUCCUGGGAAUGUGACGAUUUCCAUGAAAUCUUUUUUCCAUCGUUAACUGAAGAAAACUGGGCGCUUUUUACAGAUUUUCUAAGUCUAGGAAACAAAAAGAAGUCAGCAGGCGCCAAAUCAGGACUGUAAGGUGGACGCCUCAUGAUUUCCCGCGGCAAGUCUUGCCCAGCUGCCCUUGUUGGGUGAAAGGCAUGAGCAGGAACAUUGUCGUGGUGGAGAAGAACUCUCUGUGCGAGAUGAGGACAGAAGCACGACGAAAAAAUCUUCUCAUUUUGAUUUCACAUUAUUUAACACAAGAAGGAUAUAUCGAUACAGCAAAUGCUUUGGAGCAAGAAACUAAACUGGGGUUACGACGCUUUGAAGUUUGUGACAACAUUGAUCUUGAAACUAUUUUGAUGGAAUAUGAGAGUUAUUAUUUUGUAAAAUUUCAGAAAUACCCCAAAAUUGUCAAAAAGUCAUCAGACACAGCAGAAAAUAAUUUACCACAAAGAAGUGGAGGGAAGACCAGAAGGGUGAUGAACGACAGUUGCCAAAAUCUUCCCAAGAUCAAUCAGCAGAGGCCCCGGUCCAAAACCACGGUGGGGAAGACAGGGGACACCAAAUCUCUCAAUAAGGAGCAUCCUAAUCAGGAGGUAGUUAAUAACACUCGCCUGGAGAGUGCCAACUUCGGCCUAAAUAUAUCAAGAAUUGGUAAAGACAGUGGAGAGGAAAAUGCCCACCCACGAAGAGGCCAAAUCAUUGACUUCCGAGGGCUGCUCACAGAUGCCAUCAAGGGAGCGACCAGUGAACUUGCCUUGAACACCUUCGACCAUAAUCCAGACCCCUCAGAACGACUGCUGAAACCUCUGAGUGCAUUUAUUGGCAUGAACAGUGAGAUGCGAGAAUUGGCAGCGGUGGUGAGCCGGGACAUUUAUCUCCAUAAUCCAAACAUAAAGUGGAAUGACAUUAUUGGACUUGAUGCAGCCAAGCAGUUAGUCAAAGAAGCUGUUGUGUAUCCUAUAAGGUAUCCACAGCUAUUUACAGGAAUUCUUUCCCCCUGGAAAGGACUACUGCUGUACGGCCCUCCAGGUACAGGAAAGACUUUACUGGCCAAAGCUGUGGCCACUGAAUGUAAAACAACCUUCUUUAACAUUUCUGCAUCCACCAUUGUCAGCAAAUGGAGAGGGGAUUCAGAAAAACUUGUUCGGGUGUUAUUUGAACUUGCCCGCUACCACGCCCCAUCCACGAUCUUCCUGGACGAGCUGGAGUCGGUGAUGAGUCAGAGAGGCACAGCUCCUGGGGGAGAACAUGAAGGAAGCUUGCGGAUGAAGACAGAGUUACUGGUGCAGAUGGAUGGGCUGGCGCACUCAGAAGAUCUUGUGUUUGUUUUAGCAGCUUCUAACCUGCCGUGGGAGCUGGACUGUGCCAUGUUACGCCGCCUGGAGAAGAGGAUUCUGGUCGAUCUCCCCAGCCGGGAGGCCAGGCAGGCCAUGAUCUACCACUGGCUGCCUCCUGUGAGCAAGAGCAGGGCCUUGGAGCUGCGCACAGAGCUGGAGUACAGUGUGCUGAGCCAGGAGACUGAGGGCUACUCAGGCUCAGACAUUAAGCUCGUCUGCAGGGAAGCAGCCAUGCGGCCCGUGAGGAAGAUCUUUGAUGCACUUGAAAAUCACCGGUCAGAAAGCAGCGACUUACCGGGGAUCCAGUUGGAUACAGUAACCACUGCCGACUUUCUGGAUGUGCUAACUCAUACCAAGCCCUCUGCAAAGAAUCUGGCUCAGAGAUACUCAGCCUGGCAAAGAGAGUUCGAGUCUGUUUGAAACCACAUUUACCCUGACCCGGCCACAAAGGCCUCCUAGUUUAUUAGUGUCCGUGGGAGAAGAACAAAAUGAUUGGAAUGGAAAAGAGAAAAUUAUUCUUGAAGACUGGAUUAACUUGAGCCACUGUAUUGUUUGGAUAGCUGAGAUAUAUUUAUUAACUUAUCAUUACUGAUGUCAGCAAAAUAUUGAGGGUUUCAGUUACAUACAUAUAUGUGCUAUUAGGUCAUACAAUGGAGAUUUUUCUGACAAUUAGACUCCAUAAAAUUUUAAUAAACAAUUUAAUGUUACUCAUUUGUAAACUUUUGAAGAAAAAGAUGUACUUAGAAAAGUUGUGUUGGCCAGGCACAGGAUGACCCUGAGUUGGGGCAGCCAAGUAGAAGCUAAGCUUGACAGGCACUGCCCAGCGGACAGUCCCAGGGUGAAGAAGGAUGAAGGCAGGGAAGGCAAUGCAGUUUCUCAUUCUGGACAAUAUUCUGUAUCUCAUCAGCUCUCCCUAAUUCUGACUCCAUCCAGCUUUGUCAGCAGCAAACCCCUCCCAAACUAAGCCCCACUCAGAAAUGUCACUGAGCAUUCUGAUCCUAGAGCUAAUAGCUGGGGUGACUAGCACACCAUCACCAUCAGCUGCCAGUAUGACUGUUUUGGGUUCUGGCCCCCAAUAACAUCUUUUAACUCUUCACAUCUCACAUCCGGUGUGCUCUGCCCUUCUCUUUCCAUUGCCACAGCUUCUUAUCAGAACCAAAGCUUAGGAUGGGGCACCUGAGCUUAGAGAAUAUUCGUUCCAAGUCUUCCCUGCUCUUAAGCUCUUCCCCCUCUCCUUAAGGGGUUACAAACAGCUAGAAGCAUCUCUCUCAGAAACUCACAAUCCGAGGCAUCUACUUUGAACCCUUGAUAAAUUUUGAAGGCUUCCACUAAGUAAUGCGACUUCUUUUCCCCCACUAGAACUUACCUAUGGGAAAUUACCUUCUUUUCUCUUCCUUGCCUUGUUUUCAUCAUCCCUGCAGACAGACUCUUCAAGAGGAAAAACUUCCAAAAAGAGACACUUUGGAUAGCUAAGUAUCCCAAAGGAUUUUUACCCUUUUAAACAAAACUAAAGCAUGUUUUGGGGUAUUGAUUAUUUUGAGAUUAUUCUCAAACGCCUCUUUAAACAUCAUUUCAUGGAAAAUAUCAAAUUGAAAAUAUAUCUUAUUUAACAAAUUGAAAAUAAAAAAGAUUUCAUCUCA